AGAAGCAGAUGGAGUCUCAAGGAGAGCAGCCGGGACGCACAACAAACAGCCGGCCAGAAGGCUCACAAACACACACUCCAGGGGCUCCCUCCCUCAACCAACGACAAAGAGCAGCAGCAUGAGCACUCCCUCCUUCAACAGAACUGACCCCGCCGUCCACAGGGUGCUCUUCAUCCGUGACCUCCUCGCCGCAACACCCGUCCAACAACCCCUAUCCUCAACCACCCGCCGAAACAAGAAAACAACCACCAACAACAAGCAACGGCCACUCCCAUCCCAACCCCCCGUCUUCCAAAUAGGCAACCCACCGCUUGAAUUCCAAAAUGUGCGCGUGUCGGGUAUAAUCGUCGCUAUCGUGAUGGCCGCACCGGAACCACCGUCCGAAAGGCGGUACGGGGCUCAGCCGGGCGAGGAGGACAAGUCGAGACGAUUGCGGGAAAUGAUGUUUCCUUCGCAUUCGUUUGUUCUCGAUGACGGGACGGGAUUGAUUUCGUUCUCGCUGCCAACACACCUCGAGCAUUCCGCGAGAGCUCAGCGGCUGGUGAAGGGUGCCAUGGUGGAUGUUCUGGGGACGCUGAGGAAGGGAUAUGUGUUUCAGGGGGAGAAACAGGGCGAGCAGCGGCGAUGGGUUGAGUGCACUGGGUUCAGCAUCUGCCAAGACGUCCUGAUCGAGAUCCUCCGUCCCCUAGAAGCCAUGCGCCUAUACCGGGACCACUACUUCCCCAAGACAUCAAACGGUGGCGAAAAUCAACACACCUCGAACGCUGCUGACGGACGGCAGACAAAAACGAUUCCAACGAAACGUCGAUGGGAGGAAGAUCGGCUGGCGUUCAGUUAUGCUGAGCAGCUCCACCCAGACCCUCCACACCACAACGCAACCACAACCCCACCCGCCCCCGACCCACCCAUCAACACCGCCCCACCACCCCCCACCGACGUAAAACCCGAAGACCUAAACAUAGACGACCUAAUGGACUCCCUCCUCGAAGACAAAGACCUCGAAGAACUCAUGGGCGCCAUCGAUGCCGCCUCUGCCGCGUCCGCCAACGAUGCCGCCAUCACUAUAUCACGCCCUCCCGCCCACUCUUCAACAAUGACACUACAAACGCGGAUUGAACAAUAUCUACGAACAGCGGAGACCGGCGCGAAUUUGGAAGUGCUUGGGAAAGUGUUUGGCGUGGGUGAGGGGGAUGUUAGGGCCGCUGUUGACAAUUUGGUGAAUGCGAGCCUGGUGUAUACGAUGGGGGAUACCUAUUUUGCGAUAUGACGGCUUCGGGCGCUUGUUUUUUUGGGGAGGCAGGGAGAAAAAUGGGGUUGGGUUGGGAUUGGAUUGCGGCGUAUGAUGGGGGGGGUGGGAAAAUGCACUGUUUUUGAAUAGAAUGCACUUGGGCGAGUGGUCGUGGCUGCGAUGAAUUGUAAAAGGUAUACUCCGGUCCUCGUGAACGGGGGGGUUUCUGACGCUAUCUCGCCGCACAGUGACACAUCCGCUCAACAAAUCACCACGGGUAUCAGACUUAUUAAAGCCUGCGCAACGCUCACGUGAUGAAACCCACGUGAUGGAACGCUCUCUCGGACGCUCUUUUGGCCACCU